AUGGCAACACCAUCUGCCCCCCUGGGACCAGAGCACCUGGUUACUGUCAAGGUUCUGUACAAUGACAGUAAUAGGCGCUUCAAGCUCCCUUUGAAAGACCUCAAGGCCCAGGUCUUCCCCCAGAUGCUCAGAACCCUUCUCGGCGUUCCGGCGGAUGCCAACGUCAUCCUCGAACGCUAUUCCGACAGCGCCGGCUCGUAUGUUCGCUUGGACUGUGACAAUACUGCAGUUUACAAACAACUUUACCGUGCUGCCAAGGCGAAGUCUAAGCUUCGAAUCAAGGUUUCUUCUCUCGAAACAUCUCCUGCACCAUUACCUUCUGAACCUACGAUGGAGUUCAACAACCAGCCUCGUCACAGUUACCUCGAAACCGUCUUGAGCCCUGCUGCUCCUCCCAAGACUCUCCCAACUCUCCCCCUCAUCAACUCGCCUCAGAUCCCUCUUCCUGAAACGCAGCUGCCUAUCGGCCAGCCUCGCUACCGCAAUUUCGAGACGGAUUCUGACAAGCAUCAAUUCCCUGUCAUCUCUCACAACUCCCCCAACGGCAUGUUCUGCAUCGACUGCAAUAAAUGCGGUCGUUCUAUUGCAAAUGGGCACUAUCACUGCAGCAUUUGUGAGAACGGGGACUAUGACUUGUGUCCACAAUGUGUCGAUGCGGGAGCGACUUGUCAUGGCGAUGGUCACUGGCUAAUCAAGAGAAUUGUCAAGGACGGUGCUGUCACCAACAGCACCACUGAGAUUAUUGCUCCUCGUGAGCAAUCAGUCCAGGCUCCCGCCGACGUCAAGCGUGAGGUGAUCACCAAGCCGGUGGUUCACGUCCCGGAGUCCAUUCAAGAAUCUGUUCCAGAGCCAGCCACUCCAUCACCUUGUUUGGAUGCUGCAGUCCAGGGUGAAGAUAAACCCAUGUGCAAUGGAUGCUGUCGUGAGGCAGAUGAGAGCAAUCUUGUACGCUGCAAUGACUGCGAAGAUUAUGAUCUUUGUCUCCGCUGUCUCCUCCGUAACAAGCAUGGUCACCACCCUGGCCACACCUUCCACCUUGGAUCUGACCGUAAAUUCUGCCUGAAGAAUCUGAUCACAUCUCGCUGCCUGCCUGGCCGGCAGUUCCGCCACGCCGCUGUCUGCGACGGCUGUGACAAGCGUAUCGUUGGCGUUCGUCACAAGUGCCUGGCCUGUCCUGAUUGGGACUUCUGUCCCAACUGCAUAUUGACUGCCUCUGAGCAUCACCCUGGCCAUCGUUUUGUGCAGAUUUAUGACACCAUCGGCGAGCCUGCUCGUGAGCAUGAGAUCCACUAUGGCAUCUUCUGCGAUGGUCCUCUUUGCAAGAACAAGCCUGCCCAGAGUUACAUCAACGGUGUUCGCUUCAAAUGCGCUGUCUGCGAUGAUACCGAUUUCUGCGCGAGCUGUGAAGCCCUCCCGACUGAUCACCACAACCGUACUCACCCACUGGUCAAGUUUAAGACCCCAGUUCGUAGCGUGACGGUGAGCACACUGGGAGAUGAUGGCUCCAACCAAGCAGUUGCUUUGGGUGAUCAAAUUCCUUCUCCUGCCAAGUGCUUCGAGCAAAUUAUUGAUAAGCAUGAGCCUGUCGAGGUAGAAGCUCCCAAGCCCGUAGAGAAGGUCGAGCCACAACCAUCCGUCAAUGAGACGAUCUCCGAGGCUGAUGGUUCUGAUGUGGUCAACUACAAGGCCUUCUUCAUUCGUGACACCAUCGCCGAUGGUACUAAGAUGGCCCCAGGCACCACGUUCCGUCAGACCUGGACUCUAUACAACCCUGGGCCUUCGGCAUGGCCUGCUGGCUGUGACGUGCGCUUUGUCGGUGGAGACACCAUGUUCAACGUGGAUUCCCAUCACCCCUCCAGUGUUGAGACCAUUCGCUCGGCAAUGGAAAGCAACAAACUGUCUUCUCCACUGGCGGUAGGUGAGAGUGCUGACUUCACAGUCAAUCUCCGCACUCCCGACCGCGAGGGCACGUCUAUCUCCUACUGGCGCCUGAAGCUCCCCAACGGUAUGGCUAUUGGUCACCGUCUUUGGUGUGAUGUUGAGGUAUCGGCUGCUUUGGGGGGCGAAUCUACUGCCAACUCUGAAGUUACCGGUAGCGCUAUGAUCUUCCCCAAGUUGGAGAAGGAGUCUCCGGCUUCCAGUACCCACGAAGUCAAGGCCCCUGCUCCCCAGGCACCAACCUUAUCCAACUCCUCCGAGUGUGAUGUCCUAGAGGACGUCGAAAGCCUCACUUUGGACGAGACAGAGACCGAAACCGACGCUGGUUUCUUGACUGACGAAGAAUAUGACGUCCUUGAUGCUAGUGACCAGGAGUUCCUGGAUGCCAAGUUUGCGGAUUGA